AUGACUAAACAACAGAACAUGGUGUUUUAAAAUCUUGUGGACUUCAACUAAUGGAUCCCCAUCUUUUUUCUCCUGGAUGGAACAAAAAAUGGACGUCUCAGGCUUCAAAGAAUCCUCUGCUGAAAUGGAAAUGAAUUACAACAGGGAAGAAGAGCUAAAGGCUUUUGAUGAUUCAAAAGCUGGUGUAAAAGGGCUGAUUGAUGCUGGUGUGGCAAAAGUGCCAAAAAUAUUUUUUAGACCACUGGAUGAGCUUGCUGAGGAGUUCAACAGUUACAAGGCCAAUGUACAGGUUCCUGUUAUUGAUCUCAGUUCAAUUGGUGGAAGUGAUGGGCGUGAAAAAGUUGCAAAUGAAGUCCGGAUAGCAUCAAAGGACUGGGGAUUUUUUCAAGUUGUCAACCACGGGAUCCCCUUGAACGUGCUGGAGGAAAUGAUUCAUGGAGUACGUAUGUUUCACGAACAAGAUCCCGAGUUGAAGAAAUCAUGGUAUACACGUGAUCCAACAAAAAGAGUGAGAUAUGGGAGUAAUUUAGAUUUGUAUGCGUCGAAAUCUGCAAAUUGGAGGGACACCCUAAACAUCUCUAUGCUUGUUUCAGAUAAACUUGACCCUGAUGAAAUUCCCAUUGCCUGCAGAGCUGCGACAAUUAAGUAUAUGAAGUAUGUUACUGACCUUGGGACUACUCUAUUCGAGUUGUUGUCAGAGGCUUUAGGACUCAAACAUGGCCACUUAAACAUCCUGGAAUGUGGUAAAGGCCGCACCCUUGUUUGCAACUACUAUCCAGCAUGCCCUGAGCCAGAGCUAACUUUGGGAAUUAGCAAGCACUCAGAUCCUGUAUUCCUCACUGUACUGCUGCAAGAUCAACUUGGAGGUCUCCAAGUCAUGUUUAAUAAUCAGUGGGUUAAUGUUCAACCAAAUUCCGGAGGUUUGGUAGUUAACAUUGGGGAUCUUCUCCAGAUAAUAUCGAAUGACAAGUUCAAGAGUGUUGCUCAUAGAGUGUUGGCCAACCUUGCUGGACCAAGAAUAUCUGUGGCAUGCUUUUUCAAUGGUGUUGUUGUACCUCCAAAGUUAUACGGCCCUAUAAAAGAACUGUUAUCAGAAGAAAGUCCUCCCAUAUUCAAGGAUUUUGUAGUGAGUGAUUAUAGGGAAAAGUUCUUUUCCAAGGCUUUCGACAACUCUGGCCCCGACGAUUUCAAGCUAUGUACAUCAUCAUAUAUAUUUUUCUCUCUGUGCGAGUUUGUGGAAGUUUUCUGUAUAUAUAUAUUUGUGUCUGAAUACAAUGAGAACCGGAGUUACAAAGUUUUUCGUUCCUGGGUUUUGGUUUUCCAUUUUUUCCCUCAAGAUGUGUUCCCAACCUUCAACAAGAUUCACUCUGUGUGGGUCCACCAUAAGGCGUAUUCUGUUUGGUCACUGACUCAAACCAUUUGGGAUGCGGCUGCCAUAAGCCCAAAAGAAGGCGGUCACUUUUGCGCGCUCUUUGGUACUCUCAUUUCAGCCAGUAAAGAGCUAAGAGAAUUUGCAGGGAGAGUUGUUGUCUUUUCGUUGUUUAUAGGAGGGAAACCAGGGGAGAAAAUCCAAAGAGCAUUGAAUGCUCUUUUCAUGCGUGAGAGAGAAUCAAGAUUUGCAUGCGGCAAAUCUUCUGCAAUCCCAGAAAAUCCAGCAACCCCAGCCAUUAAUGCUGCCAAGACUUUCACAGGGGGUCAACAAUGGCUGCCAAAGCCAUUCACUCUUGGCAUCUUCUUCUCUUGGAUGGAACAAAAAAUGGACAUCUCAGGCUUCGAAGAAUCCUCAACUGAAACGGCUGUGAAUUACAGCAGGGAAGAGGAGCUAAAGGCCUUUGAUGAUUCAAGAGCAGGAGUGAAAGGGCUAAUAGAUGCUGGGGUGGCAAAAGUCCCAAAAAUAUUUGUUCGCCCACCGGAUGAGCUUGCUGAGGAGUUUGACAGGUACAAGAACAAUUUACAGGUACCGGUUAUAGAUCUCAGCGCUAUUGAGGGCUGCGAUAGUCGCGAAAAAGUGGUGGAUGAAAUCCGGAUGGCAUCAGAGGAGUGGGGAUUUUUUCAAGUGGUCAACCCUGGGAUCUCCUUGAACGUGAUGAAUGAGAUGAUUGAUGGAGUACGCAGGUUUCACGAACAAGAUCCCGAGGUAAAGAAAUCAUUGUAUACGCGUGAUCGGAUGAACAGAGUGAGAUUUGAGAGUAAUUAUGAUUUGUACGAGUCAAAAGCCGCGAAUUGGAGGGACACCUUGAACAUCUCUAUGCUUGUCUCGGAUCAACUUGACCCUGAUGAAAUUCCCACAGCAUGCAGAGCUGCAGCACUUGAGUAUAUAGAGCAUAUUACCAACCUCGGGCGUACUCUAUUCGAGUUGUUAUCAGAGGCUCUUGGCCUCAAAGAUGACCACUUCAACGGCCUCGAAUGUGGUAGAGGUCGCACCUUUGUUUGCCACUAUUAUCCAGCAUGCCCGGAACCAAAGCUAACUUUGGGAGCUAGCAAGCACACAGAUCCAGCAUUCCUAACUGUACUGCUGCAAGACCAACUCGGAGGUCUCCAAGUCAUGUACAAAAACCAAUGGGUUGAUGUUCAGCCAAUUUCCGGGGCUCUGGUAGUUAACAUUGGGGAUCUUCUCCAGAUCAUGUCAAACAACAAGUUCAAGAGUGUCGAUCACAGAGUCGUGGCUAACCUUGUUGGACCAAGAAUUUCUGUGGCGUGCUUUUUCACUGGUGUUUUUGUGCCUCCAAAGUUGUACGGCCCUAUCAAAGAGCUGAUAUCAGAUGAAAAUCCUUCGGUAUACAAGGAUUUUCUAGUGAGUGAUUAUAUUGAAAAGUUCUUUUCGAGGGCACUUGACAAGUCUGGCCUCGACUAUUUCAAGCUUUAAAGGUAAUAGGAACUUAGGGGAUGCAUUCUCCAAAACUAUAUCCUCAAGAAGUGAACAAAUAAAAGUUCCUGCGUGGAGCUGUAUUGUGUUUUCGCGAAAACUUUUCCCCUUUCGUAUGAGUAAGUUAAAACAUUGAUGUUAAUUAGUUCAAACUUUUCCCUUCAAUGUGUUUUCUGGUCGUUUAGUAAAUGAAUUAGGCUCGGCUCGUUAUGGGCUUAGCUUGUUUACAGU